GGAUUCUCUGCCUGGACUCCAUUGGGACAGGACAGGACGGGACAGGACAGUCUUGCCUGGGGGAGAUCUGUGCUGUGUUCAGCUUCUCAUGACAUCCUCAAUGAACCCAGACUUAAGCAUCAUCGUACUUGAUAAUGUGCCCUGGACUGCAGCAAAUUGGAACGUGCCAAGGACUGUGGCAGAUCAAACACGUUUCAUUAAUGACUUCACUCCGUGUUUCCACUGCUGGGCUUUUUCCUACCAACAUUUCCACUGCAGUAACUGAGCUUGUCUAACCUCAAUACUCCUUGCCCAGACCUGAAACACCUCACAGAGCCAUGACAGGAGCCGUGGCUAAGGAAGGAGAGGCCAAUGGGGCCAUUGCAGCCCCUGAAGAGAUAGAAAAGGAGGAAAUGGAAGAGAGAGGCCAGUGGAGUAGCAAAAUGGAGUUUGUGCUGUCUGUGGCUGGGGAGAUAAUUGGUCUGGGUAAUGUGUGGAGGUUCCCGUACCUCUGCUACAAGAACGGCGGUGGAGCCUUCCUCAUCCCUUACCUCAUCUUCCUCUUCACCUGCGGGAUUCCACUGUUCUUCCUGGAGACGGCACUGGGGCAGUACACCAGCCAGGGAGGGGUCACUGCCUGGAGGAAGAUCUGUCCCAUCUUUGAAGGACUUGGGUAUGCCUCACAAGUCAUUGAGUGCUAUCUGAAUAUCUACUACAUCAUCAUCCUGUCCUGGGCACUCUUCUACCUGUUCAGCUCCUUCACUGCAGUGCUACCGUGGGCCAGCUGUAAUAACCCCUGGAACACAGAUCUCUGUGUGGAAUUUCUGAAUAGAUCCAGCCUGGACAACAGGACCUUGCCUGCGAACGCCACCUCCCCAAUGAUUGAGUUUUGGGAGAAGCGAGUCCUGGGGCUCACGGAUGGUAUUCACAAACUGGGCACUGUGCGCUGGGAGCUGGCUCUGUGUCUCCUGCUGGCGUGGAUCAUCUGCUACUUCUGCAUCUGGAAGGGGGUCAAGUCCACAGGCAAAGUUGUUUACUUCACUGCCACCUUCCCGUAUGUGAUGCUUAUUAUCCUGCUGGUGAGAGGGGUCACGCUGCCGGGUGCUGCAGAGGGGAUCAUCUUCUACCUGAAGCUGGACAUUUCCAGGCUGGCAGACCCACAGGUCUGGAUGGAUGCAGGCACUCAGAUCCUCUUCUCUUAUGCCAUCGGUCAGGGGUGCCUGACAGCUCUGGGCAGCUACAACAAAUAUACCAACAACUGUUACAGGGACUGCAUCAUGCUCUGCUUCCUGAACAGUGCCACCAGCUUCAUUGCUGGCUUUGCCAUUUUCUCUGUGCUGGGUUUCAUGGCUCGAGAGCAGGGUGUACCCAUUGCAGAAGUAGCUGAAUCAGGUCCUGGCCUGGCUUUCAUAGCAUAUCCAACAGCAGUAACAAUGAUGCCUGUGUCACAGCUCUGGUCCUGCCUCUUCUUCCUCAUGCUGAUCUUCUUGGGACUGGACAGCCAGUUUGUCUGUGUGGAAAGCAUGGUGACAGCUCUUAUUGACAUGUUCCCGGGAGUGUUUCGGAAGAAGGGGCGUCGGGAGCUGUUGAUCCUGGCCAUUGCAGUCACAUGCUACCUGCUGGGCUUAUUGCUGGUCACUGAGGGUGGGAUGUACAUCUUCCAGCUCUUUGACUACUAUGCUGCCAGCGGCACGUGCCUGCUCUUCCUGGCCAUUUUUGAAGUCAUCUGUGUAGGAUGGGUAUAUGGUGCCAACCGCUUCUACGACAACAUUGAGGACAUGAUUGGUUUCCGUCCGUGGCCCUUGAUCAAGAUAUGCUGGCUGGUGUUCACUCCGGGUCUCUGCUUGGCUGUCUUCCUGUUUUCCCUGAUAAAGUACACACCUUUGAAAUACAACAAUUCCUAUGUGUACCCACCCUGGGGCUACAUGGUAGGCUGGCUGAUGGCACUUUCCUCCAUGGUCUGCAUUCCUCUCUACGCCAUCUUCAUCCUCCUGAAAACCAAAGGACCCCUGAAGCAGCGGCUAACACAGCUGAUUUCCCCAGCGGAGGACCUGCCGCAGCUGAAGAAGCACAUGGUGGGGCUGUCCGAACUGAAGCACAAGGGGUGGUCCCCUCCAGUCCAGGAGGUGCUCAGUAUCACAGAGAGAGAAACCCACUUCUGAGGCACUGGGAAUGUCUCCUCCACACCCCGGACUGAUGCGCUCUCUCCUUCCUGAAGUGGUUUCUUUUCUUUCCUGGGCUCUUCCCUUCUCUCCUUCACAUCUGAGACAGAAGCAUCCGGGACAUUGCCUCCUUUCAGCCAGCUGGUUGCACCCACUGGGGACAACAUUUCUUUUGACAUCCUGGGGACAACUCUCCCUGUCAGCAGCUGGGAAGAGAGCAACACACUUUUGUCAAAAGUGUCCUUCAGUACUGACACUGGGGGGAAGAGAAAGACAACAUACUAAAAAAAAAAAAAAAAAAAAAAAAAAAGAAAAGAAAAAAACCCAGCCAUCUUGUUGGGAGGAGGAAAGGAAACCACAGUGGUGAGAGAGAGCAGAGAAAUAAAGGUGUGCAGGAGCAAAGUUAGGGAUGCAAAGGCACAAAAUGAUGAGGUGUUAGCAUGGGGAAUAAGUAAGUUGGUUCGGAAGUACAUAAGAAGCUAGAGGAUGACAAAAGAAAGUGCAUUGCUAGGUCACCUACGUACGAGGGAGAGGGAGCCAGGAACGUAUCAUAGGCAAUGAUAAAAGGAGGCUGCAGCAUUAGUAGUUAUAGCCUCAGUUGUCACUGAAAGGGAAGUGAGUGACAGGAUUCUUGAUGCAAUCAUAGUUAUUGAUGGAUCUCAAGGCAGUUUCAGGCUGGAAAGGGGGUGAAGAAUAAUUUUCUAGGGGACUCACUCUUGGUCAAAACUACACAGCCCAGUGAAAAUGCAUCCAAGAGUGAAACAGCUGAAUAUUUGACAAUUCUUUCAGAAAAUUCAUGGAGUGCAGGAAAAGUCCCAGAGCAGUUGGUAAAAAUUGAGCUGCAGCACAGCAGGGGAAAAUGAGACCCUGGGGAAUGCACACCCACAGAUGUAACUGCACUGCUGGGGCAUUUUGUAGAUGAAUUAAUGAAGGAGUUGUUGGGCAUGAUUCUGUGCUGCAAAGUAGCUUUGGGGUGAGGGUGGGCAAAGGAUUGUGCUCCCUCUGCUUUGCUGCAGAUGACUGCUCAGGGGAUAAGGAAGACAUAAUUGGGUGCGAUUCUCAUAAGCUCAGGCAAGAUAAAGCAGUAAUUAAUAGGUAAGAUGGGUUAAUCGGAAGCAGAUAAUGCAAAUUAAAGGUCUCUUGUUGCCAGGGUAGUCAUGAACAUGAGGCGAUGGCUGAGAAGGAUUGCACUUGGAUGCGGUGUUUGGUGCUGUGCCAGACAGCUCUGUCCUGUGGAGGCUGUAGCUGUAAAAUUCCCUGCCAAAACCUGCUUGAAUACCCAUCAGAACUUCACAGUUAAAAACAGGAAAAGCCAGUGGCCGGAUCCCCCACAGGAGCUUUGCCAUGGUCAAGGGUACACGCUGGUGCAUGGCUGUGUUUCAAUAGUGGUGCAUCAAACCAUGCCAAAUAGCCAUUAAAAAGAAUCAGAGAUGCCACAGGCUCCUUUCCUUUGUUCCUCAUUCCAAGUAAUUGCUUUUCCCUGUGCUAUGUGGAGAUAAACCACCAGCGCUGAAAGUAAGUGGGAAAAUUAGGCCUCAUCUGUGCAAUGCAGUACCUGUUCCAAUUACUAUGGGAACCUUAUCUUUUGCAGCUUCCUGUGAGUUUAACUGGUGAAUUAGCAUAGGAAAAUCUUUCCCCCACUUAAUUUCCUUUCCUUUAAAAACUAAAGACUGUUGGUGAAAUGAACACUGAAAUUCAAAUAUCAAAAUUUGUACAUCUCCGGGACACUACCGUUUGACUGCAGAUGGUUUACUGUAAAAGGCAGAGAGAGCUGACAAAGCUCAUUCUUGUUUCCUGCAAAGGACUGCAGCACCACGUAAGGUCCCAUUUAUUUUAUUUUUAUUUUUUAAAGAACUGAAUGUCACGCUACUACAAUAAUUGUGGGAAGAGCUUAACAUCCAGAGGCUUGCAGUCAGGUCUCAUGGUAAGUAUUCUGGUGUUUUCUCCUCUCCCUCCCAGCUGUGUCACUCACGAUUUGGUGGUGGCAGCAGCUACCUGCAGCAGGUCUCUGCAUGCAGCUGGAGCAAAAGCCAGUGGUUGCCACCAAGGAGCAGCAGUGCCAGGGUGGCAGAUCCAGAUUAGCCGGAGGUAUCACCAGCCCCGGGAGUGCUGGCUGUCUGCUGGGUGCUCUGUGGCUGCCUCCCUGUGCUUGAAGCUGCGGCAGGGCUGUGCACGAGAGGUUUGAUUUCAGGCAUGGGCUGCACUUACCUGUGGUCAAAAUGGUGGUGUGAGUUUUGAGAAGGAAACCUGCCUUUUCUUCUUCAAGAAACAGGAAUGUUAAAGGACCAGGACUUGCCAUUCACAUUCAGUCUUAGGCAUUAGCACAGGUUUUUUGUAGGACCCUUGGUAGGACAUUUGACCUCUUUGCUCCUGCUACCAUGCCUUCAAAGAUGUGAGGUAGUCUCCUACUACCAGAGAAGUUCUGGAGAUGUGUUCACUCCUUUUUCUGAGGUAGUUGGAUAACACUGCAAAAAUCCCAGAGAGAAAUAAAUCACUCUUCAGUUUGGAGCACAGACAUGGAGCUGUGUUAUCAAAAAUAAAUACUGCAUGAACUGGU